CUUUUUAAGCCUUGGUGAAAAUAGUUCCGUGUCUCAGCAUCCAUGCGAUUGCAGUUUUAUUUAUUUAUUUAUUUUUUUUUUAUGCAUGAGGGAAACUAUAGCCAAGGGCAACAAGACAUUAAAAAAAGGACCCACUUGAGUGCAAGAUCACUAAAAGAUUAGUAAAGAAUUAGCUAUAAGACGGAGAAAUGUCUUGAAACCUCCCGCUUACUUUAAAGAAGUAAAGUCGUAGGAAAAUGGAAAUACAGAAGCAGACAGAGAGUUCCAGAGUUUGUAUGAGAAACCAGGUUUGUCAAUGUUUGCCAUGUUUGGCAAUCAAGGGAAAAGUCACUAGUUUCGGACGGCGGGAUGUGAUGCAGAAAGCUGUUCUCCUUUCUAAUGGGGUUUCUAUGCCAUUGGUUGGAUAUGGCACUUACAAGAUUUGUGGAAAAGACUUGAUUUUUCCACUUAUAAAAGCAGCUUUACAGGCAGGCUACAGAUCUUUCGAUACAGCUGCUAUUUACAGGAAUGAAUGUGAGAUUGGAGAGGCCCUUAAACACUUUCUUCCGGAAGUCAAUUUAAAACGAGAAGAUAUAUUCAUCACUUCAAAAUUGGAUCCCAGUGACCAGGGCUCUGAGAGAUGCCAGCAGGCUGUGGAUAAUUCAUUGACUGCUUUGCAAGUUGACUACUUAGACCUCUUUCUGAUUCACUGGCCUGGAGUUAGUAAAUUGAAGUCCAGUGACCCAACCAACCGUGAACUGCGCAGCCAGAGUUGGGAAACAUUAGAAAAAAUAUACCAGGCUGGAAAAAUUCGUGCUAUUGGAGUUUCUAACUAUACAUUACCACAUCUUACUCACCUGAUUGGACAAGCAUCUGUGAUUCCACAUGUGAAUCAGGUUGAGUAUCAUCCCCAUUAUCUUCAAGAGGAACUGAAGCUUUAUUGUGAGAGUCAGGGUAUACACCUCCAAGCUUACUCUUCACUGGGAACCACUGUAAAGGAAAGUCCCUUGCUCCAAGAUCCAGUAGUGGCCAGUGUGGCCACAAGGUGUUCAGUCUCCCCAGCUCAAGUAUUGCUGCGUUGGGCUACUCAGCAGGGGAUUGGUGUACUACCCAAGUCCACAAAUCAAGAUCACAUCAGACAGAAUAUUCAGCUUGAUUUUGAGCUCAGUAAUGAAGAUAUGCAAUCUCUCUCAAAACUGAAUGUGAAGCAGAAGUAUGCUUGGGACCCCUCUGUGGUAUUUUAAACUGACUGAGGAAUAAAUCAAGAAUAGUAGUAAUAUACUUCCAGUAGAUAUUAUUAGGAAAAUGGCUCAACCUCCUCUUUACCCAACACUCACUCCCUUACUAGUGGAUCCUGCCUGGUUCUUGGUGGAUAAGCCAGUUGAUCUUGA